AUGGAGUACUACGGCGCCCCUCGUCGCGGGGGAUACCGCGUCAGCGCGGAUCCCUACCUUGAGGCUGAUUACUACCCUGGCCGCCGCAAUCCGCCAGCCUACCGCUACUUGCGCGAUCCUCAUAUUCACGAUAUGGAGCAUCUGGGCGAUUUCGCUACGCGACACGUCCUUCCGGCCCUGCAGCGCGAGUACCCUGACCGCCCUGUCCGCAUCAUCGUGAACCAGGGCACCUUGCACCUACGCGAUGACGACGCCGGCAUCACCACUCAUCGCAGUCAUUACCGCCAUUACCCCAAUCCGCUGAAUGGCAGCAACACGAUGCUUUACAAUGCUCAGGGCGCUACGGUGGUCGUCGGAGAGCCGCCCGUACCGGUCCGGGAGUUCCGGGAAUCCAGUGCUUGUGGGCCCCGGUACAGCGUCGAGCCGGAGCCAGUCGUCUACGAGAGAACCACAUCGCUGCCACGAGGCUGUAUUAGGUGCCGAGUCAAGAGGAACGCGGGACUUGCAGCACCGUGCCUGGAAUGCGAGAUUGCGGCCGACCUGAAAGCCGAGAGGCAAGCUAGGAGGGAGCGCGAGCGUGAUGUCGGGGUUGAUGUCGAAUACGUGCGGACAAGGGAUAUCGAAGUUCCUCGCCGCUGGGACAGGCGCUAUUAUUAG